UAGUUUAAGAUAGCAAGAUUUAGAUAGCUUUAUUUGCUAAACAAUUUAUUAAUUGUACAUUAACUAUCAUGCAUACUCCUGUGUGUGUCCAAGAUUUUGAAACCCACGCCUUCCAAGUUCUGGCUAAGGGUCCUUUAGAUUAUUACAAAAGUGGUGCAGGUGAUCAACUGACACUUGAAAAUAAUAGAAAAGCGUUCUCCAAAUUACGUAUUCGGCCAAGAUGUUUUCGAGAUGUAAGUACAAGAAAUUUAUCAACAACUGUAAUGGGCACGACCGUUUGCGUCCCUUUCGGAAUUGCGCCUACCGCCAUGCAAAAACUGGCACAUCCCGACGGAGAAAUAGCGUCAGUUAGAGCGGCUGAGAAAAUGGGUACGAUUUUUAUUUUAAGUACCAUUUCCACUACCAGUUUAGAAGAUGUCGCGGCCGCUGCGCCCAACGCGCAUAAGUGGUAUCAACUGUAUAUUUACAAGGAUCGGGAGAUUACCGCAAAUUUAGUAAAGCGCGCUGAAGCGGCCGGUUUCAAAGCUAUCGUAUUGACAGUGGAUAGUCCCCGGUUUGGUAUUCGAAGGGACGACAUUAGAAACAAUUUUAAAAUACCACCACAUUUAACCUUGGCAAAUUUUGUGGGUGACAAAGCAACAAAUGUUUCCCGCGCUCAAAGUGGUUCGGGAAUAGCAAAUUAUGUUAUUAGUCUGUUCGAUCCUGCUUUAGUAUGGGAAGAUAUAGCGUGGUUAAGACAGUUAACAACGUUACCAAUAGUCGUAAAGGGCAUUUUAACUGCUGAAGAUGCUCAAAAAGCAGUCAAAAUGGGUGUCUCGGGCAUCAUGGUGUCAAACCAUGGUGGUCGCCAGGUCGAUGGAGUUCCUGCCUCGAUUGAAGCGCUGCCAGAGGUAGUAAAGGCUGUAGGAGAUCAAGUCGAAGUUUACAUGGAUGGCGGAAUUCGUCAAGGGGUAGAUGUUUUUAAAGCAUUAGCAUUGGGAGCAAAAAUGGUCUUUGUUGGCCGCCCUAAUUUGUGGGGAUUGGCUUACAAUGGAGAAGAAGGGGCUACGAAAGUGUUGGAUACAUUGAAAUUUGAAUUAGAUAAUGUCAUGUCACUCUCAGGCUGUACAUCCAUAAAAGAGGUAACAUCCGACUUAGUGGUCCACAAAAGCUAUUAUUCACGCCUGUGACGCUUGUAUACAGGAUGAUAAAAAAAUAAUGGCAGUGUAAAAAUCUUGUAACUAAUAAAUACAUAUUAAAUAUAAAA